GCUGAUCGUUACUGAAGCGUUGAUUACUACUUUAGCAGUGGGAACAGUUUGUCGCCAAAAAUCCCACCAAAAUAUAUAGUUCGCCUCAUCCCUACAGCUUCCUCAUAGACAUGCAUAAAAUACUUCAGCCAAAACGAAACGACUAAAAGGUUGCUCGAGUUGACAUUCAAGGAAUGGAGAAGUCGGUUGCAGACUCCGGAGAUGUUAAUUGCUUAACGUUUUUGUCAAGUCAAUACUUGUUUGACCAAGUCCUGAUCAAGCAAGUAACUUGUAACGAAAAUUCUAAAUGCUACAUUUUGUUUCUCGACUUUCGACAAUGCGCUCGACACAGUUUCAACUGCAGCUGGAAAAUGAAUUGUCUAAAGCGUUGAUAAUUCUAUUUUAUGUACUUUUCCUAACAGUGCUGAUAAAACGUAACUAACUGCGUAUAUUGUGAACCUUCAGCUAGAUUAUCGCCCAUGAUGUUACGACAUGUUGUCUAGAAAAAAUUGUGAACUUUAGCAAAGAAGCUUUGUAAAGGGUAGCCGAAAUUCAUUUUCAAGAACUGUAUUGGUUAUACAAAAAUCCAUAACUUUUACGUCCUUGUUCUGUUUUAAAAAAUCAAUUUUGUUUUAUAACCUCACUACUACCACUGUUAUCUUGUCUACAUUUGUGUGGCACACAGUAGGAAAGCUUCCUCCGUAAGAAAGCAUGAUUUAUAAAUAGUUCACGGCGAACAAAUUAAAUGUACCACAUUAUUAGCAGGCAUUUUAACUCUGGCUCCUCUCUGAAUUAGGAUAUCAAGGACAGAUGCGACCAUGUCCUUCAGACCCAUAGAUAAACUUAAAAUUCCUUCGCAAAUCACUAUGAAACAGGUUUUGCUCGAUAGCAAAACAUAGUUCGUUGUUGACUAAUAUUCACUUCAAGUAAAAUCAAACACUUUACUAAAAUCUUAAUAGGCAAAAAAUGUACUCCUGGCCGCUCUUAUUCCAGGCUACUAAGCUUCUAUGAAAGCUUCUAUAGAUAAAACGUCAUGAGGAAGAAGCGAGAGAGGCAAACAAAACAGAGGCUGAUUCUGUCCGUAGUCUUUUGAAUCGUGUAUCGUUGCAGGCACAAGGAGAGUUAAGUUGAAGACAAGUCGAAAUAUUGUUUGUAUUUGGUCGUCAGUGGUGUGUGUCGUAAGCACAUUGCAGUCACUGUCCAUGAAAAAGUCAUACUGUUGAUCUACUAGCAUCAGGACGGCGCAGUUUCUCAACGAAAAUGAGCGACGAUGCAGUGUGUAAUAUGGCAUAUGAGGGCCGCGUCGAUACGCUGCGUGAACGGCUGUCAAAAGAUCCGCAGGCAGUGAAGCAGACAGAUACUUGCGGCAGGAUACCGUUGCAUUGGGCCAUUUCUGGUGGACGCCUUGAAGCCUUUAAUCUCCUGAUUGAAGCAGGAUCACCGGUAGACCUUCCAGACGAUAACGAAUGGACUCCGUUGAUGAUAGCGUGUUCCGUUGGCCUUGAAGAUGUAGUACACUUGCUCAUCGCAAAGGGAUGUGACGUAAAUCAUCGCAACGCGACUGGUCAGAGCCCACUUCAUUAUGCAGCAAGUAAAAGUUUCGUCAAUAUUGCUCGAAAAUUACUUCAGAAUGGCAGUUUAUCAGCGAUGCAGGACAACAUCGGUUCGACCCCGCUUCAUCGGGCUGCUUUAAAAGCAAACGUCGCGGUUAUGGAAUUGCUAUUGACUUAUGUAUCAACUUCCGACGUGAAUAAGGCUGAUCGCUAUGGCAAUACGCCGCUACAUUUGGCUUGCGAAGAGGGCUCUCGUCCCGCAGUUCUACUUCUGCUCAAAUAUGGAGCCCGCAAUGACAUUCAAAACAAAGAAUCGAAGAUACCUAGUCAGCUGUGCAAGGAGCGUGCUCUGGCCAAAUUGGUAGCAGGUGAAGAAUGAAGGGCGGCUCUCAUACGAUAAUCACGCCUCGUCUAACUUCACCUAUUUUUACGAGGCAAUCAACAAAAUUCACUUGGCGACGGCUCGGUUAUAACGACUGACAAAGAUCUUUCUCCUUCUUCGUCGUACCAAAAAAAAACGGUUGUAACCAACAGAAGGAAGCGAGAAAACCAAAAGAUCACGUAAAACUAAGGCUGAAAUAGUUGAGCAUAUGUGAACAAGGAGAUUUCACCAAUGGUGUCUCGCACCCCGCCAUAAAGAUGUACCUGGGUCUGUAUAAUGAGCUACAAAUAUCAACUCUGUAGUUAAUAUAGGAAGGUACGUCAGUGUAAAUAGGCGAACAAAAAGGAUAGCGUUGUAACAAAGUAUCGCACCAAAAAAAUAUCAUUAUAUAUCUUCUUUAAUCCUUACUGCGCCCUUUCGAAAAAGAUCUGUAGAAGUGUGACUUUGAUAAAGAGUAAUAAUAAUAUUUAUGUCCCAACCCAGUUUUUUUUGUUUAUUGUAUGACUCAUAUUUAUGAAGAAAUUGAUUUGAAUCAGUUUAUUUGAUUUCAGUUAUUUUGUAGGAAGUCGCACCUAAGCAACUUUAUAUGGUAGAGGCGUGCAUCGGCAAUACACAUCAUACAGUGUGCUUGGUAGGUUCAAAGGUUGGGUAUUUUUUUGGUAAAACAUGAUUUAUGUAGAGUGUCAUAUAGUUAAAGUUGAGCACGCAGCGUUCCAGACUAAAGUAAUAAAAACUACAUCAAACGCUUUUCCUAAGUAUUAACUUGCAAUUCGUAUUAAAUAAAACCUGCCGGGUCAUCUGCCGACGCCA